AGAGAUUCUCACAAGAAAUAAUAAUAGUAGUCUACUUCUUUCAUCAUGUUUUAGUAGAACAAAAACAACAAAUACAAAAUCAUCUUCUACUAUGUGAAUUAAAAUUCACUAAUUUUUUUUCUUUCUUUCUUUCUUAUCUAUAGAAUUUAUAAUAUGUCUCUUGAAGAUUCCUUAAAAACUCUCUCUUUAGAUUAUCUAAAUCUCCUCAUCAAUGGUAAAGCUUUUAGUGAUGUUACCUUCAGCGUUGAAGGCCGUUUAGUACAUGCUCAUAGAUGCAUCUUAGCUGCUAGGAGCCUUGUGUUCCGAAAAUUCUUCUGCGGGCCCGAGUCGCCUAGUGGAGGCCUGGACCCUUCCGCGGGCUUUGGAAGCCCUCGUACUACUACCGGUGGUUCACAGGUAGUGAUACCUGUGAACUCGGUAGGGUAUGAAGUGUUCUUGUUGAUGUUGCAGUUUUUGUAUAGUGGACAAGUUUCAAUUGUGCCACAAAAACAUGAACCAAGGCCUAAUUGUGGAGAGAGAAGCUGUUGGCAUACACAUUGCACAUCAGCCGUUGAUCUUGCACUUGAUACACUCUCAGCCGCUAGAUCUUUUGGGGUUGAACAGCUUGCUUUGCUCACUCAGAAGCAAUUGACAAGCAUAGUAGAAAAAACUUCAAUUGAGGAUGUGAUGAAAGUUUUGAUUGCUUCAAGAAAACAAGACAUGCCUCAACUUUGGACUACUUGUUCCCAUUUGGUUGCAAAAUCAGGCCUUCCACCUGAAAUCCUAGCGAAACACCUUCCUAUUGAUGUGAUCGCAAAAAUAGAGGAAAUCCGCCUCAAAUCCUCCCUUGCGCGAAGAUCUGUACUCCCACACAAUCACCAACACCAUCACCAGCACGACCUUAGUUCGGCUUCAGAGCUCGAGGACCAAAAAAUCCGACGAAUGAGGCGUGCCCUCGACUCAUCCGACGUUGAACUUGUCAAGCUUAUGGUAAUGGGAGAAGGCUUAAAUCUCGACGAAUCAAUCGCCUUGCAUUACGCUGUUGAGAACUGCAGCAGGGAAGUCGUGAAAGCGUUACUUGAACUAGGUGCAGCCAAUGUGAACUACCCGGCUGGUCCAGCUGGUAAAACCCCACUUCACAUCGCAUCGGAAAUGGUUUCACCCGACAUGGUGGCGGUCCUAUUAGACCACCACGCAGACCCAAAUGUCAGAACGAUGGAUGGGAUCACUCCACUCGAUAUUCUCCGAACCCUAACAUCCGAUUUCCUAUUCAAAGGUGCAGUCCCGGGACUCAAUCACAUUGAACCUAAUAAGUUAAGACUUUGCCUCGAGCUAGUUCAAUCAGCCGCUUUGGUAAUUUCUCGCGAGGAGGAAAACACAAGCAACAUUCCAUCUUCCACCGCGAUAUUUCAACCUAUCAACAACGAAGAUCAUGGUUCUAGCACGAGUAGCGCGACCAAUGUGGGAGGUAACCUCAAUUUAGACUCGAGGAUGGUGUAUUUAAAUCUAGGUGCGGGUACUUCGAUUUCACAACAAAUAGGGUGCAACAGAAUGACAAACGAGGAUGAUCAUGAUAAUAAUAGUCACAAUAAACAAAAUAGGCAAGGUGGAUUUGACCCAUCGUCGAUGUAUCGUCCAUACUCAUGAGUAUUUUCUAUCUUUUGCUAUUAUCUAAUUUCUCUUCUACUA